CAGUUGAGAGAUCCUGAAGUAGGCAUUUCCUUUUAUUCUGAUGCUGGAAUCAGGAGCAUUUGGAGCAACAGAAUAGGGGCAACAGAAGUAGCAUUUCAGCUUCCAGAAACCCCAGGCUUCAUGGCUGGUAGUGAUUCCGGGAGCUGCUCCAGAGUCCCUGGAGGCCUGAAGAUUCUCCAUUGCUGAGAAAAGGAUUUCUCUUUGACACUGGCAGAGCAAGGGAAAAGUAACAAGAUCCUUUCUAAAGGGAGGUUGGCCUACUGUAUUUGGCUUCUUUGAGAACUUAGCUGGGAAAAUGGCAGGGAAAAAAGUGCUAAUUGUCUAUGCACACCAAGAGCCUAAGUCUCUGAAUGGAUCUUUAAAAGCCAUUGCAGUGGAAGAACUGAGUAAACAGGGUUGCAAUGUUGUCGUUUCUGAUCUAUAUGAAAUGCAGUUUGAGCCAAGAACAACUAGGAAGGACAUUGUUGGUAAUCUAUACAAUCCAAAAGAAUUCAAUUAUGGAGUUGAGGCGUGGGAAGCCUGGAAAAAUGGGCAUCUAUCUGAAGAUUUGAUUGAGGAGCAGAAGAAAGUGAAAGAAGCUGACUUGUUGAUUUUCCAGUUUCCUUUAUACUGGUUCAGCAUGCCAGCAAUCAUGAAAGGCUGGAUGGACAGAGUAUUUGUCCAAGGAUUUGCUCACGAUUUCCCAAAAUGUUAUGAUUCUGGUUUGCUCAAGAACAAACUAGCCUUGCUUUCAUUUACUACUGGAGGAGAUAAAGGAAUGUAUUCAGAUGGAGGAGUUAGUGGUGAUAUCCGUUAUCUCCUGUGGCCCAUGCAGCAUGGAAUGCUACACUUCUGUGGCUUCAGCAUCCUCGCCCCUCAGAUCUGCUUUGCGCCAGAGUAUGCGGCGCAAGAGGAAAGAAGACAGAUGUUGACUUCCUGGCAGCAGAGGCUGAAGACAAUCUGGGAAGAGGAACCCAUCAACUGCACCCCCGAGUGGUACUAUAAGUGAUGGGCAAGAAGAAAUGUCAGAGAUUCAGAUUCCCCUUCCUCUCCUCCUUUGGUGGGAGGCCUUUUGUUCGCUGCCAUUAUUUCUCUUUCCCUCAUCACUAAACACUUUCCCUUUGCUAUGUGGAGAUAAUGAGUAAAAGGGUGUGGAAUCAGAUGCCUUCUCUGUCUAAGUGCCUGUUGCAAACCCAUUUCCCUCACUUCAAGGCUAAUCAGGCAGCAGAAAAUUGAUUACUUGGCAAUACUGAAGGAGAAAAAUACAGUCUUGGUUUUGCAGCACACAGGACGGCAUUGUGCCUCGGUGUCGUUGUCCAAAACGGCAGCUAAGGUGCCAACUCAGGGACCAGAAGACAUUUUAGUCACUAUGUCCUUAUUUUGCCUCCACUUUUGGUAGUCAAAGGAAUGUCCUCCUGUCGACUCUAGACUUCAUGGUUCCCUGUGAGUUACUGGCACAGAAACAGAGGCCACACCUGUUGUGUUGUAGAAGCCAGAAUUGCUAGUUUUCCUAAUUCCUCUUAACUGAUAAUAGUUCAGCUCAGCUUAUGUUACUACACUGCAUAAAUACUUUGUGUGCUGUGAGUAUACUGUGGUGCCAUGACAGAAAAUACAUCACCCUGGUCUUCU